AUGCAAUAUGAAGGAGGAACAUUCCGCAUAUCAGACUGGGCCGAUAUUGUCACUGCGCAUGUAAUUCCUGGACCUGGAAUCAUAGAUGGCUUGGAGCUGAAGGGUUUGCCAAAGGGAAAAGGGCUACUCUUGGUUGCUGAGAUGAGCUCACCUGGCAACCUUGCUCAUGGAGAUUACACCGCGGCAGCCAUGAAGUUUGCCGAGCAACAUUCUGAUUUCGUUAUCGGAUUCUUGUCGGUAAACCCUGCAUCCUGGCCAGCUCCAGCGCCAAGUCCAGCGUUCGUCCAAGUUACCGAUCCGGGAGUUGAUGUUGCUGCCGGAGGAGGUUCUCCUGGUCAUCAGUAUGACGUCCCUCAUUUGGUCGUAAACGAGCGAGGCGGCGACGUGAUGGUGGUCGGGCGCGGGGUCAUAGAGGCGAGCGAUCCUGCCGGCGCCGCGAGAGAGUACCGUGCCCGAGGGUGGCAGGCCUACCAGACCAGCUUAUCGUCAAGCUAA